AUGAGACAUAGAGACAGAACAAUGUUUGCACCCCUUGUUAUAUAGGAGAGGACAGGUUUUGACAAGUGAAACAAUUAUAAAGGAUUUUGUUAAGGUAAAACACAUGGCGGUCUCAGGAAAGAAAGCAUCAAAACAAUUUUCAUCAUCGACAACAUCCAUGGCAUCAGAUGAAGAUCAUCAAGUUUACUGCCAGCCUUGUGACGAGGAAGGAACUAGACUCCCUGCCCAUGGUUACUGCACUGAUUGCAAGGAACACCUUUGCAAGACAUGCUUUGAAGUCCACAAAAAACUUAAAUCUACCAAGCAUCAUACAGUUCUAGAUGCUACAAGUAUGCCUAAAGUUUUGCAUCAACCCUCAACAUCUAUCCACACAAGCCAAUCUGAUGAGCUUACAACACCAUGUUAUAAACAUCCAAAAGAAAUAAACAAAUUCUACUGAUAUGACCAUACAUAAUUACUUUGUAGUGUUUGUGUUACCCUUGGACAUCAAGCUACUUCCUGCAAAGUUGAUUAUAUACCUGAUAUUUCUGCUGAUAUAAUAGACAGCAUAGAAUAUCUAACUAUCCUGAAAACACUUAAUACCACUUCUGAUCAUUUUCAACAGAUGGUAGAGGAUAUCAAGCAAAUGACGGUGAAAUCCAACAGAUCACUCAAAGAUGCACUAAAAGAUAUUAAUAUGUUUCGGAAAGAAAUAAACCAGAGACUUGAUGAACUGGUGAGACAGGUUGUGCAUGUAGCCAAGGUCACAGAACAAGAAAAUAACUCAAAUAUCACAUUAGUAGAAACAUCAUGUGAAGAAAUUACCAAAUCUUUGAAGAUAUCUUUGGAAAAAGUCAAGAAGCUCAACACAUCAAAACAAGCUAAUACACUCUUUACGGAGCUAAAGCUUGCAGAAAAUUUGGUGGCAGAAGUUGAGAAAACUGCACUACAGCUAUCAACAUAUGAUGUCAAAGAGCACAACUUUCAAGCAAAUGAAUCAAUAUUGACCAACCUGAAUACAGAAAGUCAUUAGGUACACUGAUACAGAAAACUUUAAAUAAAGAGUGCAAACCUGUACAAAUAAAGUCUAGACACACUUUAAACGAGGGAAAAAUUUGUGUGAAGACAUCACAAGAAAAAACAAAAUGCUGGAUUACCGGAAUGACUCUGCUGACUCCUGAUCUUCUUAUCAUCACUGACUACAACAACAAAGCUGUAAAGAUGGUGGAUACCAGCAAUCAAUCUUGGUCUGAUCAACUACAAGUAGACGAUGCACCAUUGGAUAUCACACAUGUAACAAGCACUGACUUUGCUGUUACAAUUCCUGACAAGCAAACAAUAAAGUUAAUAUCUAUCUCAUCAAACACACUCAAAACGAAGCUCACUGUGAAGGUUGGUGGAGACUGCCAUGGUAUAGGCUGUUACCAAGGUACACUUGUGGUGUCAUACCUUCGUCCUGCAAAACUUCAGAUCCUUGAUAUGAAUGGCACUGUACUGACAACAAUUGUUGGGGAAAAUAUUUUUCAAUAUCCAUGUUAUAUCACAUGUAACAGAAGUUCUAUCUAUUUAUCUGACUGUGGCAUGAGGACAGUAACAAGGUUGAACUGGCAGGGUGAUGUGAUUGGUAGUAAUAGUGGCAUGAGUGAUCCGAGGAGAAUGUCACUGUCAGAUGAUGGUACUGUCUUUGUGUGUGAUUGGGCGUUAAAUGUUAUUAAAGAAGUGGCAGGAGACUGUUCUGCAGGAAAAGUUUUGUUGGAGAAACUUAACCAACCAUCGACUGUUUGUCUAUGUGGUGAAACAAAGAAGUUGUAUUACAGUUGUCGUAGUUUUUAUGAAACAAUUGACAACUUUCUUUACAUUUAUAAACUGUCAUAAAACUUACACAAUGUUUUAUAGGAAAGGCGAAA